AUGGACCCUAAAACAUGUAUUUCUGUCAGAAUCUAUUUUAGAGAGAAGAUGAAAAGGAGGCAACCUCCAUUAACAGACUCCGGAGUCAGGCGGAGGGCACGCUUUGCAUUAGAAAAACGACUCCAUGACAUUGCAGACGACUCUCAUUUAACAGAACAGGCGGUAGAAAACAGGGCAGACCCAUGUGACAACACCAAUGACAGCGAUGGCAACCAUGAUUGUGACUCUAGCGUUACUCCUCAAGUGGAGGAUGACAAUUCAGAUGACCAUCACACAGACAUAGAAUGGGGGGGAGAAGAAAUGGUUUCAGAGUCUGAUGAUGACACUGAUGAAGAGCAUGUGAGCCUUUUGGACAGCUUAGCCAAUUGGGCUGUACAGUUCAGUAUUUCUUUGGUCGCGCUCACAGCCCUCCUUACCCUGUUGAGGGUGUACCACCCAGAACUGCCAAAAGAUGCUAGGACUGUCCUCAAAACAGAAAUUAAUUACAAAAUACAAGAAAAAUGUGGUGGGUUGUAUCAUUAUACAGGUAUCUUGGCAGCGCUUCGUAACACCUUAUCUCAACAUAUACGCAAUGUUGCUGAUGGCUUUAAAUUCAAGCUGCAGAUUAAUAUUGAUGGGUUACCACUGUUUAAAAGCUUUUCGUUCCUAGCUUUAGACUGGGGAAGACCGGCACUGGACCUGUUCCUUGCUCUGCGGCUCAGCUGCACAUCCUGACCCUGCUGGAACACAUCAAGCAGCAACAAAUGCAACUUGCUGCUGCUGUCAACAGUCUUGCUGCAAGAGUGGGUACAGAAACUCCAGUGGCUGAGAUGCCGGACAAUAUGAAUUUCCCACUGACCACCGUGUCUGAAGUGGAGGAGUUGGAGGAGUGGCUGAAAGACUCAAGGAAUUCUCAUGCUAAGCAAAACAUGGUAUAAAGCCAACAACUUCAUUGUCUUUUUACAUCAUCACCUUUAAGGCGACAUCCAUCACUGCUGUUUAGUCUACUGGGUUUUAAUAUUGUUUAGCUGGUGUUGAGUGCAGGGUUCUGUUCAGAUAAACCCAGCAUUUGAUGCAGAAUUGCAAACUUCAUAGAGUUCACAAAACAACAUUUUUAGACCUGAUUUCAUGAGCCAACAAAACUGUGCAUAAUUGUAGCAAAUAUUUUGUCUUGAUCAAGAAGAAACCUUUUUUUAUCUUGUCAGAUUUCUGCGCUUGGUGCAGUAGGAGGACAGAACACCAAGAGAAUAUCCUGGAAUGUUCUAUCAAAGAUUUUCUCCGACACAGUGGCCAAAAUAAUUAAUUGGAAAGGAGUAAAUGGCAAAAAAUGUUUCAAAGAAAUGCUCACGAGAACUCUGUUAAUCAGUAAGUAUUGUAAAAUACAGUGAAGUAGCUGUCAAAACAAUGGAGCAGUGGUUCUCAAGGACCACCUGUCC